AUGGCGGAGCCCGUCUCGUUGAAGGACGCCUUGGGCAAUGUUGAGUUGUUGGAAGACCUCAUUCUACCUGACGAUCAACCAGCUAUUGAAGCCCGUCCACUUCCACUGUUGUGCAGGACCACUUUCGAUACAAACUUUGAAGACAGAAAUGCAUAUGUCACGGGAGUGUCCAAAUACAUCGAGGAGGCUACACGUCACGCGCCAUCUUAUUUUAAUGAAGGACUACAGCAUGCUGGCAAAAUCUUUACACCUUGGAGAUGUUUGCUCCCGAGCUGCGCUCCAACGGUGAAGUCAAAUGAUCAGCCGAAUCGCGUUGAAAUCAAUAUGAAAGUAGUGGAAGUUUUGAGACCUGAGGUUGACAAGUUGCAGCAGUUCAUGCUCUUCACGAAUGACGCCAUCUCACGGUUCUGCGAAGAAGAUUUCGUCUCCGAAGCAUAUUUGCUGACACUGGGACGAUUUUUGAACAUGUUCGCGGUAUUAGACGAGUUGAAGAACAUGAAGGCUUCUAUCAAAAAUGACUUUUCUGCCUUCCGGAGGCGAGUGCUGCAUCUGUUUGUGAUGAGUUCAUCAUCUUUCUUUCUUCCAUUAUCUGCUCAGUUUCUCCAAGUUAUGUCGGAUACUCAAACAAUCCACGAUAUGCAGAAUCUGAGUAUGUUUCUAGCUACGCAAAAUAAGAUCAAAGAUGAAGUGCGAGCAAAGAUGAUAAAGAUUGAAGCGUAUGAGGAGCUGCUCACCGAUGUUAUAAACAUUUGUGCUCAUAUGUUUGAAAGUCAUCUCUAUCUUGCCCCGUCGGAGCGGCAUAUGUUUGUAAAAGUCAUUGCAUUCUCCCUGUUCCUCAUGGACGGCGACGCUGCUAAUGUCGCAAAGAUGGACCAAAAAAAGCGGCUGAACAUCAGUAGACUGGAUAAAAUUUUCAAGUCGCUAGAAGUUGUUCCUCUCUACGGAGACAUGCAAAUCCAACCGUUUUCGUUUGUACGAAGGUCGCAAUUUUAUGAUUCCAGCAAAUGGCCGUUGAGUGAUAAAGAGGGUGAAAAGUGUCAUGUGAACAUUGUCGAAAAAGUGAAAUUAACGAGAGCAGAUCAUGAGUCGUACGUCACACAACUGGCCAAACUAAACAACAGCGUGGCUAUUAGUGACCGAAUUUCGUUAAAUUCUGAUGCGGAAAACCGUGAACUUACGUCGCUGGCGCUAAGCGGUGUGCAACUGCUAUGUCAGUGGACCGCUGACGUUGUAGAGACGAUUAGUUGGAAGCUGCUGCACCCGACGAAUAGCAGGGAUAAUAAAGAUUGUCCAGAAAGUGCCGAGGAGUAUGAACGGGCAACAAGGUACAACUAUUCCGCCGCUGAGAAAACCGCACUGAUUCAGACGAUUUCCAUGAUAAAAGGAUUACAGUCCUUAUUAGGAAGAAUCGAGUCGUCGUUGUCGAAUGCUAUCAGGCGUCACAUCUAUGCCGAACUGCAAGGAUUCGUACAACACGCUUUCAACGAACCUAUACAGAAGGCUAUAAAAGGCAAAAAGGAUCUGUUAGCUAGCAUCCUGCAGUCGGUUCGCGACACCUGCAUUGAUGCGUACUCUUCUGGAUCGGAAUCACGUCCGUCAAUUGAAAAGCAGAAAAAGCGCCAAGGAAAAGAGUCGACUAAUAGUUCAAGUAGCGAUUUACGUAUAGCCAGAAGAGCUUCACCGCCAACUCCUAGCAGCACACAGCUUUAUAUGGCCAGAACACAAUUGGAGUCAUUGAUUUCGGAGCGAACUAGCGGUGGAAAGCGGGUCCUCAGAAAAGAGCUUGAUACUAAAACAAUCGAGAGAAUCUCUGUUUUCUUACGUAAGUCGACCCACUGGCCUGCCCUGUUCCGACUUUCUGAUUCAUUAACUGAAGCAGCUGAGCUAAGCCAACUCUGGUUUCGAGAGUUUUAUCUGGAAAUGACAAUGGGACAACGUAUUCAGUUCCCCAUAGAAAUGUCCAUUCCAUGGAUUCUCACCGACCAUAUUCUGACUAAUCCCGAUUCAUCUCUGGUUGAAGGAGCGUUAUAUCAACUUGAUCUAUAUAACGAUGCAGCUAACUAUAGUCUCUUUAAUUUCCGAAAGCGUUUCCUUUUCGACGAGGCAAAGGCAUGUACAGGUGACUAUUUUAUUUCGCUUCCUGUCGGUAUGUAUGGUUCUUGUAAAGUGACGUGUUAUUGUAGCUUGCUUUUUAGGCCUUCUAUUGAUCUGAACGUGUGGAUGGGCGAACUGGGGAUUAGCAUAGCGCUACUGAAAGCUCUUGAUACAGCCAUAUGGAUGUUUGAAAGUGCGGAGCUUUCUAGUAUUGUGUAUUGCCUAUCAGUUACUCAUAGUGGGUUCGCGUCAGAGAAUGUUCCGGAGACACCAGUCGUGAAAAGAAAGCCGCCAGGCUUGCUUUUCGCAACAUAUCUUCUCCUACUCCGCUUCAUUAGGAAUGCCGACCUGAAGGCCGAUUGCACGACUAUUGCAGUAUCAAGGCAUUGCUGUAAUCUUGGAAGAACUCUUGAAAAUGGCACGAUUGGUGUUCUCCAGUAUUACUUCCAUCAUCUCGACGGUGUAGGAAAGUAUAACGAGCUCAAAGGCGAAUUCUGCCAGGAUCUACGCGAACUAGGCAAUAUCAUACUCUUUUGCCAUCAACUGGAGUCAGGUAUGGCUCAAGAGGAGGUGCAGGAUCUACUCGCAGCAGCUGCUUUUACUAAUGUGAUUCCGAAGCCUCCUGCCAAAAGUGUUGCUGAACAAGAAAAGCAACUUGCUAAACUUGAGGAGAAGUACGCUCGUAUCCAACUAACAAAUGUCGUUGAGAAGUUUGGCGAUGAUAAGCAAAUUGCCAUAUCGAGAGAAGCUGAACUCAUGACCAAAGAACGACUCUGUUGUGGACUUAACAUUUUCGAGAUGUUCCUGAGAAGAAUUCGGCAGAUGCUUUUGGAUGACUCGGUAUGA